AUGUCAGACCAACCCGAACAAGCGAACGGGGUGCCUCCAAAUAUCUCAUCUCAACCAGAUGACACAGAAAUAGCCUCCUCCUUCGCAGUAACAGAAGACUGGCAAAUCUCAGACAACUGGACACCCCUCCACGCCGGCGCCGACACCCUCAAUCUCUCCAAAAUCCGAGCCAUACUCUCCACCUCAUCCUACUCCAUCAACGCCACCACAAGAGAAACCAACGAGACACCACUCCACAAGGCCGUUCAAAGCUGGGACGACGACUCCACCGGCUCCAAGAUAGAAAUCAUCAAACUGCUCGUCUCUCACGGCGCAAAUCUAAAUCCUCAUGAUUGCGUCGGCAACACGCCUCUGCACUAUGCUGCUAGAGCAGGAUUUCCAGAUGCUGUGGAAAGGCUGAUUGAUCUUGGUGCGGUAAUUGACGUUGAUAAUAAAGAGCCGGAGAGUCAUGAUGAGGGGUGUGGGUGUGGGAAUCAGCAUGGGUUGGCGGCACUGUUGUCUGGUCUGACAGGCGGGAAGUUCAAGAGCGGGACGUUUAGAGAGUUCAGCACACCGCUGCAUGUAGCUGCCACUGCUGGGCGUGCUGAUGUGGUGAAGCUGCUUCUUGAGAAAGGAGCGAAGGUUGAUUCAUUCGAUAUCGAUGAUGGCACGCCGCUGACUUGUGGUGUGCUGGGGAAGAAUUUGGAGGUUUGUCGGACCUUGCUGGAGUGGCCGGAGGGACUUGCUUCCCUGAAUGUCAAGCAGAAACAAGGCCAUCUACCGAUUCAUUACGCGGGGACUGGAAAUCCAGAUGUUCUCAGACUGCUGAUUGAGAAGGGUGCAGAUGUCGAUGCCCAAAUCGAUCAGCCGGACUGCUGGUCUCAUGCACGAACGGCUCUGUCAGCUGCUUGCGAAGAGAAGUACUUUAUGGACAACAUCGAGGAGAAUGUCCGGAUUCUACUCGAAGCUGGCGCGGAUCCAAAUCGACAGCUUGGAAAGAAGGGAACUCCGUUUCUUGUAGCCCUGAGCUCAGGGAAUGUCCCAGCCGCAAAAGUCAUUCUGGACAUGGGGCUGGCGGAUCUUGGAUCUGCUUUGCUGGCUAAUGAAGCACCGCUCAUGGUAGCAGCGACUCGAGGACAGGCGGAGAUGUGCGAGUUCUUGAUCGAAAGGGGAUGUGAUGUCAAUAUCAGGACCUCUUAUGGCGAUGAGUACACUCCACUGCAUAACGCAGCUGGAUAUGGAAAUGCUGAGACGGUCAAUAUUCUCAUCUCAGCUGGGGCGGAAAUCGAAGCCCGAAACUUCGAUGGGAGACGGCCUUUACAUAUGGCUUCUUUCAAAGGAAAGGAUGAAUGUGCUAGGGAGCUUCUGAAAGCUGGUGCGGAUAUCGAAGCUGUCGAUGAUAGUUCAUGGACACCUCUACAUUUUGCGGCAAAUUAUGGGCAUCUUCAAGUUGUUGAGGUGCUUUUGAAUCCGGACGGUAGGAAACCUGCAUCCUUGAAUAAGAGGACUACUGGUGGCCAGGGUGGAGGAAACUGUACUGCGGCUGAUCUUGCGAAGCUUUGUGGUUAUGAUAAUAUUGCUGAGCUGCUUGUGGCAGCUGGGGAUACGCUAUCUCCAGAGGAUGAGGAGAUGAACGAAGAUGGAGACUGA